AUAAUUCCCUAACGAUGACGCACAUAUUCUCCGUGUCUCCUCGCGAGAUCAGAAGUCUCUCUCAACAGACAUGAUGCUGUUUGCUAGAAAAGCCUUCAUCCUGAGUUCAAUAAUUUACUUUGUGCUCUUCGGGAUAACAUUCCGAGAUGCAUUUGCGAGCACUCCCAAAGAUGAGGCAAAAGACCUCGGGUGCUGGUACUACACUGGAGGCGGAGUCCUUAAAGAUGGCAAAAGAACUGGAAUCGACAAAUCUAUGACCACCCUGAUCUGCGCCAACGAUUGUGCGAAACUCAACUUUUCUUAUGCCCUUGUCAAGUACGGAAAAGAGUGCACGUGUAGAGAAACCAUGAGCAAGAUGGACCAAACAGGAAUUCUUCUCUGCGACUUUCCAUGCGUAGGUGACUCGACCAUCAUGUGUGGCGGUCAUCAAGAGAAAUACACGGUUUUUCACACAGGCUACUUUCAGAAGUCAGAGUUCACACGCUUUUGGGAUUACAUCAACGAAUCCUACGUUGGAUGCUACAUGGACAGAGGUCCCUUCUGCAAGGACAGUUUCUCAGACGAUGAUAUGAGCGUAGGAAUGUGCAUGCACUCUUGCUACAAGAAGAAGAAGAAUCUGGCUGCCAUCAAGAACGCGGAGGAAUGCUGCUGUAGCACGACAUUGGAGGGAACAGACAAAGGAAGUCGUAAAGGAUGCUGGCGCUUCUGUGACGACAACCCUGCCUUCCACUGUGGAGCUGUCCUUCCCUGGGUGGCCGUGUAUGACAUAGAAAAGGUGCCGAAAUAUGUAAUGGAGCCAACUGCUAAACCACCGCCGGAGACGAUUGAACAGAAAAUUGAAAGCAACCUGUCAUUCUACAUUUAUGUGGGCAUCUGCGUCCUUGCGGUCAUCAUCAUGCUGAUCGCCAUCUGCUGCGUGUGUCGAUGCAUGAGAGGAAAUUCCAGCUCAAAGGAGUACCAAAGGGUGAACGAUGACCCUAACCCUAACCCUAACGCUAACGGGUACCGAAGAGGGUCAAGAGUCACUCUCGAUUUGUAGUGCACACAUUUCAGCUUCCCUUCUUAUCAUCUCCCCUCCACACCUUCUCCUCUUCACCACCCCAUCCACCCUUCCAAACCUUUCGGAGUUUCGUAAUUUUGUAUAUUCCUGUACAUGUGUAUUUAUUCACUUUCACUUAUAUCUAGAAAUGCUCUUUGAAACAUUGUUAUAUCAAAAUUAUGUAACAAUUUAUUUUAUAUAUAAAUGCAUGUCACGUUUUCAAAUAUUAUUAAAUAUA